AUGACGGACGCUGUGAUCUCGAUCGUGUACAGUUCAAUUCCACGAGUUUCGUCGGCCUAUGCCACUGGCACUGCGUCUGCUGCAGUAGCGAGCAGCUCUAGCGUCGCAAGCACCUACCAGCCGUUCUACGGCCAGGUCGACUCUACUUCGCAGCCCUCUUUCUUGCGCUCGGUUAAUGCAGGCAUGUACAUCGGCGCCGUCCUGCUCGGUGUGCACACUAUCACCUUAGGCCGUGCUCUUGUUGCCGCGUCGCGCGAGAAGCGGUUGAGCCACCGUGCGCUGUUUCUGGUCGUCGCCAGCGCGCUGUGGGCAAUGGCACUAGUCUACGAGAUCUGCAACAUCGUUUUCACUGUGGACGCUUGGAUCAUCGGCGAAGGGAGCUCGGGCACGUCGUACACCUACUUCGUCGACAACCAGAACUCGGGGUUGGAGAUUGCGGCCACUGUCGCUGCCUUGAUCAGCACCUUGCUGACGGAUGGGUUCUUGUUUGUACGGUGUUCCGCUCUAUGGUGGAGUCCCUUGGUCACUGUUCUGCUUGGGUUGCUCACCUUGGCCACGUACGCCUUCGAUAUCUUGGAGGUGUACUGGGUCGCGACAUCGGGCAACACCCUCUGGCAGACUCCGCUGUUCGGACAGCUCAGCGUCUCUGUUGCGCUCGCGCAAUCGCUGCAUGUCAUCUUCACGAUCCUCUUGACCUAUCGCCUCGCCGCCAAGCAUAGCAAACUCGUCGGUGUCACGGGGAUGGCGAUCGAGUCCGCGCUGCUGUACAGCAUCGUGUCAAUUGUCUUCAUGGCGACGUACUGUGCUCCGAGCAUGGCGGCCAACGCGUUCCUCCCGAUGUUGGUACAGAUCCAGGGAAUUGCCAUCGACUUGAUCAUUGCGCGCUGGUACAGGCGAGAGCGUACCCAAGCCGCCGAGCCCGCUGUCCCCGCCACCAUCGUGCAACUUCCCGCGCCGGUGCAGGCACCUUCGGAUACGAGCAGCAUCAUUGACAACGAGAAACCCAUGCUCACACUGAUGGCCAGUAAGUGGGACCAAGAGCUCGACAAGGAGCCCGUCCCUCCGGAAUGUACUGCCUAA